AGACAGUUGUCCAAUCAGCAUAAACUUAAUGUACCGAGUGAAGUACGCCUGCGCAAAAGAGAACGGGAACAGAAAAAACGCAAUAUUUGAGAAAUUUUUGAGUAUGGCUUCACGUGCAGGUCCCCGUGCUACAGGAACAGAUGGUAGUGACUAUCGACAUCGCGAGAAGGUGGCUUCUCACUAUCAGAUGAGUGUUUCUCUGAAGUCUGAGAUCCGAAAGCUGAACUUUGCCCAUGUGUUCAUUUGGCUCCUGGUUGCAGCACAGGUGGUGGUGAGCUACUUGAAACUCGUUUCACAUGAUGUCGUGGCCACACCUUAUCAGUGGGAGUACCCUUAUCUUUUAAGCAUCAUUCCUUGUAUCUUCAGUUUUAUAUCAUUUCCUCGGAACAAUAUCAGCUAUUUAGUGAUCUCCAUGAUCAGUGCUGGGUUGUUUUGUAUUGCUCCCCUCAUCUAUGGAAGCAUGGAGAUGUUCCCAGUGGCACAACAGCUGUACCGGCAUGGCAAGGCAUAUCGCUUCAUAUUUGGUUUUUCUGCAGUCUCUGUUAUGUACCUGGUAAUGGUUAUUGCUGUCCAGGUUCAUGCCUGGCAAAUAUACUAUAGCAAGAAGCUUCUUGACUCUUGGUUUACUUCUACUCAGGAAAGAAAAAAGAAAUAAUAAAUACCAUCAAGAACCUAAAGAAGAAACAUUCAUAUUGUUACAUUUUAAUAUGAUUUGUUUUUGAGACAAAAACAAUGUUUAAUAAAAACGUUUUAUUUUUGAAGGUUUCAUGUUAAAACUGGAGGAAACUUUCAGGUUGUCGCCCUCUAAAUCUGAGGAACUCACUUAUUUAUAAUUUAUGAAAAAGUUCCGAUGAUUAUGUGUGCAAGCUCUUCCCACAAUGCAGAGAAAAAAAUUGUGCAACAGUUAAUAAACAAGAUGAUUUUGAUAGUUUCAAAGCCUAAUAAUGCCUUUGUAUAUUUAAGCACCAUUUAUCAUUUCAAAUGUUGUGUUGUCUACAGAUUAUGGAAGUAAGGUCUCUCAUUUUCAUUUGUGAUAGGUUUGAAUGUUAAUAUAUCUAUGUUUCUGGAAGAAUGAAAUUUGUUUACCAUAUUAAGUUUAUUGCUUUAUUUUGUAAAUUUUCAGUUAAUUUUUACUUUAACAAAGAAAUGUACCCAAAACUACAUAGAUUUAAAACUGAACCAAAAACAUUAAAGGUUGUUUUGAAAUUUGACAA